AUGAGGUCUAGAGACUCCAAUAAGACUAGAAUUACAAAAGAACUGAAAAAUAUACAAAACAGCCCACCAGCACUCCAUUCAGCAUGACCUACAAACUCUGAAAAUAUACACAGCUGAACUGGAGCAAUAGUUGGCCCUGAUAAUUCUCCUUAUAAGGGAGGUAUAUUUUACAUAAAAAUUUCAUUUCCUUCGACGUAUCCUUUUCAGUCACCAGAUAUUAAAUUUCUGACAAAAAUUUAUCAUCCAAAUAUAAGAGCCAGAGGAGGGACGAUGUGCUAUAUAAGUUUAAUGAAAAAUUAUAGCCCAACGAAUUCUUUAAAUAGCAUAUUGGACUCACUUCAGAAACUAGUAGAGACUCCUGAUAUUAAGAACUGCGCAGAACCUGAAGCUGGCAGAUUAUAUAAAAGCGAUAUAGUCCAAUUCAAUAGAAUUGCUUCAGAAUGAACAAGAUUGCAUGCAUCAUAA